GAGUUCGAUUCCCGCUCACGGCCAAAAUCAGUGACGAUUAUUUGAACCGGUCCGGGGCCUUCUACUCAGCCUCAAUAGAGUGCGUAGUAAAUAUCGUCACUGGGGUGAGACAAAGGCGGCCGGGCGUGUUGCUGGCCACCCCCCAUCCCCUCUUGUGGCCACUGUGCCGGCCUUCAUAGUUGCUGCUGCUGCUGCUCGCGAACAGCACUUGCCCCGACAGUCGGCUGAGGCUACACGGGGGAUCUUUACCUUUGUCUGUGUGGGCAGCGACUUCGACGGGCACUCUGGAGGGGCUGGAUCAGCUGCAAGGCGGCGUCUGCGAGACGCUGCAGAUGAAGGUUGUCCUGCACGUGGGUCAAGACCCCGGCAGGAGCCCGAGGCCCGAGGAGGAGGGGGAGGGGGAGCCCGGGGUGGGGGCCACCGACUGGGACCCCCCCUGGGACAAGGGGCGGGGCCGGGCGGCCCGGCCAGAGCUGGGAGACGCGGCGCUGUCUGGGGAGACGCACGACGCGGGAGUCACAGAGUCCUUCCCCGAGAGACGACACUCACUGCUCUCCGGCUCAGGCCUGGCACUUAUCGUCGGAGCAGCGAGCGGAAUCCUCAUCAUCUUCCUCCUCGUCCUCCUCGCCCUCGUCGCCUGCCGCCUCCGUCGCCAGCGUCAUCAUCAGCAGCAGCAGCAGCACCAGCACCACCACCACCAGCAACAGCAGCAGCAUCAUCAUCAUCAGCUGCACAACAGCAACAACAUCAGCAGCGGCGGGAUGCCGAGCAACAAUUACCAACAGCUGCAGCAGCAUCAUCUUCUCCAGCAGCAGCAGCAGCAGCAUCAUCAGCAGCAGCAGCAUCAUCAUCAGCAGCAUCAUCAGCAUCAUCAUCAUCAGCAGCAGCAGCAUCAUCAGCUGAGCCGCAGCAUCAGCAUCAGCACGGACGCGAUGAUGACGCGGCGUGACUACGCUCACGCCCGGACCCUCGUGGCCUCCCCCGUGGGGGCCCCCCUCCCCUCCGCCCCUCCCCUCGGCAAGGAGGGGGGGAUCAGCGGGAUUGGGGGGGGUGCAGGGGGGGGUGACGUGGCGCUGCUGCAGUGCCCCCACUAUGAGAAGGUCAGCGGGGACCGGGGCCACCCGGUGUACAUCGUGCAGGAGGGGGUCCAGACGGGGGCCCCCCCGCACAGUCCCGCGGGGGUCUACUACAGGGUGUGA